GCCGAAAGAUGACGUCAACAGCUUUCCCGAAGUACGAGCAUAUGGCGACCAAUGUCGCACGCUUCCAGCACCAGAUCUCAUUGCGUGCAUGUAUCACAGCUAUUUUAAGGUGUUUACCUUCGUUCCUCGUUGUUUUCUUCUGUGAUUGUUUUUUUCCGUUUUGCACAGCGCGAAGCGUUACAAGUCUAUGAUUUCCAUCUUCAUAUCUUCAAAUUCCUUGCCAGCUUAUGCUAAGGCGCCACACACUCUUGCGGGCAGGCGUGCUGCUUCUGGACGGCCUGGAUCUGGCAUGAUGGAGCUCAUUGGUGCACCUCUGGUGGUUUCUCUUUUCACAUUAUUAUUGAUGUCAAGAUGCUCGGCCCAGAAUCCUGAAGUGGAUACUUUGAGAGCUGCGAUGAACUCGUGGACGAAUGGGGCAGCUGUAUUGGGAAGCAGCUGGAAUGCUGUGGACAACCCUUGUGCAGGAUGGACAGGAGUGGUAUGCAAUGAGAAUAACAAAGUGGAUACUUUGAAACUGAGCAAAUGCGGACUCCAGGGAACAUUACCAGUGCUGGAUGGCCUUACGGAGCUUAGACAUCUGGUGCUUGAUGAAAACGCGUUCUAUGGACCAAUUCCUGACCAAUAUGGGUCUUUUCCACACCUUGAAUCACUAUUCCUUAAUGAUAAUGAGAGAAUUAACGGUUCAAUUCCACGAAGCUUUUUGAAGCUUACCAACCUUCGGAUAUUUUGGGGACUCCCUGCUUCAGCGCCCACCAAGGUGAUGAAGAUGGCUGCCACCAUAGCGAGGUCGGUGGGGAGGUGCUUCGGCCGGCUCGGUGGGGAGGUUGUUCGUAGGUGCUUCGGCCGGCUCAGUGGGGAGGUGGUGGGUAGGUGCUYCGACUGGCUCGGUGGGGAGGUGGUGGGUAGGUGCUUCGGUCGGCUCGGUGGGGAGGUUGUGGGUAGGUGCUUCGGCCAGCUCGGUGGGAAGGUGGAAGGUAGAUGCUUCAGCCGGCUCGGUGGGGAGGUGGUGGGUAGGUUCUUCGGCCGCCUCGGUGGGGAGGUGGUGGGUAGGUGCUUUGGCCAGCUCGGUGGGGAGGUGGUGGGUAGGCGCUUCGGCCGACUCGCUGGGGAGGUGGUGGGUAGGUGCUUCGACCGACUUGGUGGGAAGGUGGUGGUGAGGUGCUUCGGCCGGCUCGGUGGGGAGGUGGUAGGGAGGUGCUUCGACCCGCUCGGUAGGGAGGUGGUGGGUAGGUGCUUCGGGCGACUCGGUGGGGAGCUGGUGGGUAGGUGCUUGGACCUUGUCGGUGGGGAGGUGCUUCGGCCGGCUGGUGGGGAGGUUGUUGGUAGGUGCUUCGGCCGGCUCGGUGGGGAGGUGGUGGGUAGGUGCUCCGGCUGGCUCGAUGGGGAGGUGGUGGGUAGGUGCUUCAGUCGGCCCGGUGGGGAGGUGGUGGGUAGGUGCUUCGGCCAGCUGGAUAGGGAGGUGGUGAGGAGGUGCUUUGGCCGACUCGGUGGGGAGGUAGUGGGUCGGUGCUUCGGCCGGCUCGGUGGGGAGGUGGUGGGUAGGUGCUUCGGCCGCAUCGGUGGGGAGGUGGUGGGUAGGUGCUUCGGCCGCCUCGGUGGGGACGUGGUGGGUAGGUGCUUCGGCUGGCUGGGUGGGAAGGUGGUGGGUAGGUGCUUCAGCUGGCUCGGUUGGGAGGUCGUGGGUAGGUUCUUUGGCCGGCUGGGUGGGGAGGUGGUGGGUAGGUGCUUUGGCCGGCUCGGUAGGGAGGUGUUGGGUAGGUGCUUCGGCCGGCUCGGUGGGGAGGUCAUGGGUACGUGCUUCGGCCGGCUCGGUUGGGAGGUGGUGGGUAGGUGCUUCGACCGGCUGAGUAGGGAGGUGGUGGGUAGGUGCUUCGGUCAUCUCGGUGGGGAGGUGGUGGGUAGGUGCUUCGUAUGGCUCGGUCGGGAGGUGGUGGGUAGGUGCUUCGACCGGCUCGGUUGGGAGGUCGUGGCUGGCUCGGAGGGGAGGUGGUGGGGAGGUUCUUCGGCCUGCUUGGUGGGGAGGUGGUGGGGAGGUGCUUCGGCGGGCUCAAUGGGGAGGUGCCUCGGCCGGCUUGGUGGGGAGGUGCUGGGUAGGUGCUUCGGUCGGCUCGGUGGGGAGGUGGUGGGUAGGUGCUUUGGCCGGCUCGGUGGGGAGGUGGUGGGUAGGUGCUUCGGCCGACUCGCUGGGGAGGUGGUGGGUAGGUGCUUCGACCGGCUUGGUAGGAAGGUGGUGGGGAGGUGCUUCGGGCGGCUCGGUGAGGAGGUGGUGGGGAGGUGCUUCGACCCGCUCGGUAGGGAGGUGGUGGCUGGGUGCUUCGGGCGACUCGGUGGGGAGCUGGUGGGUAGGUGCUUCGACCUUGUCGGUGGGGAGGUGCUUCAGCCGGCUGGUGGGCAGGUUGUUCGUAGGUGCUUCGGCCGGCUCGGUGAGGAGGUGGUGGGUAGGUGCUUCGGCUGGCUGGGUGGGAAGGUGGUGGGUAGGUKCUUCGGCUGGCUCGGUGGGGAGGUCAGGGGUAGGUUCUUUCGCCGGCUGGGUGGGGAGGUGGUGGGUAGGUGCUUUGGUCAGCUCGGURGGGAGGUGGUGGGGAGGUGCUUCGGCCGGCUCGGUGGGGAGCUGAUGGGUAGGUGCUUCGGUCGGCUUAGUUGGGAGGUGGUGGGUAGGUUCUUCGGCCGGCUGAGUAGGGAGGUGGUGGGUAGGUGCUUCGGUCAUCUCGGUGGGGAGGUGGUGGGUAGGUGCUUCGUACGGCUCGGUGGGGAGGUGGUGGGUAGGUGCUUCGACCGGCUCGGUUGGGAGGUCGUGGGCUCGGUGGGGAGGUGGUGGGUAGGUGCUUCCACCGGGUCAGUGGGGAGGUGCUUCGGCCGGCUCGGUGGGGAGGUUGUUGGUAGGUGCUUCGGCCAACUCGGUGGGGAGGUGGUGGGUAAUUGCUCCGGCUGGCUCGGUUGGGAGGUGGUGGGUAGGUGCUUCGGCCGGCUCGGUGGGGAGGUGGUGGGUAGGUGCUUCGGCCGCCUCGGUGGGGAGGUGGUGGGUAGGUGCUUCGGCCGCCUCGGUGGGGAUGUGGUGGGUAGGUGCUUCGACUGGCUGGGUGGGGAGGUGGUGGGUAGGUGCUUCGGCUGGCUCGGAUGGGAGGUCGUGGGUAGGUUCUUUGGCUGGCUGGGUGGGGAGGUGGUGCGUAGGUGCUUUGGCCGGCUCGAUAGAAAGGUGGUGGGUAGGUGCUUCUGCCGGCUCGGUGGGGAGGUGAUGGGUAUGUGCUUCGGCCAGCUCGGUUGGGAGGUGGUGGCUAGGUGCUUCGACCGGCUGAGUAGGGAGGUGGUGGGUAGGUGCCUCGGUCAUCUCGGUGGGGAGGUGGUGGGUAGGUGCUUCGUAUGGCUCGGUGGGGAGGUGGUGGGUAGGUGCUUCGACCGGCUCGGUUGGGAAGUCGUGGGUGCUUCGGCUGGGUCUGUGGGGAUGUGCUUCGAAAGGCUUGCUGGGGAGGUGGUGGGUAGGUGCGUCGGCCGGCUUAGUGGGGAGGUGGUGGGUAGGUGCUUCGGCAGGCUCGGUGGGGAGGUGGUGGGUAGGUGCUUCGGCCGGCUCGGUGCGGAGGUGGUGGGGAGGUGCUUCGGCCGGCUCGGUUGGGAGGUGGUGGGGAGGUGCUUCGGCGGGCUCAAUGGGGAGGUGUUUCGGUCGGCUCGGUGGGGAGGUGGUGGUGCGGUGCGCGAUGCGGUGCACGGUGCGCACCUGUGCCGUGCGCGCACUCGUGCGCGAUGCGCGAGCACUGAUGCGCAGUGCGCAGUGCGCAGUUCGCUGCGCGGCACUCAGGAGACGGGCAGAGAUCGAUUACGCGGGGCUAGAAGACGCGAGAUUUCUCUUCGAGGUCGCAGCUUAGGGAAUGCCACGGUCACGGUGAUGCGUGUAGAAGAGCAACUCGUAAGCACAGGAUACACUGUGACAGUACUUCUUCGAGCGUACGUAGACGAGGACUUGACGGCGAGUGAGUGCAGACAACGAGCUAGGGAUUUGAUCCACGAGCGUAGAGCUGAUGUACUGGCGCGAGUGACCUUCCAGACCUCGAUUUCCUAUGAUGUGAUGAUAUGGUCUCAUGGUUAUAUGCGCGCGGAGCACUACCACGAUGAGACGGUAGCGGAGGCUAGAGCGAGGGUGAGAGGAGGGCCCGACAUGAGAGGCGAACCAGUUGCGACAGAGCCGCAGGAGGCUCUAAAGACGGGUACCUCGAGCGGACGACGAGAAGCGACGAGGCGACGCUCCUCCGAGUACGAGCGGAGGGACACCAUAGCGGACAGAGGCAGACGAUUAAAAGACUUGGUGUGGAGAGGGAUGAGGAGACGUGACUUCUCUCUCUACAAGGAGUAUGCCACUGAUAGAUGUCCUGAUUUCAAGGAUUAUCCCUGGACGGAGAAGAAAGAGGCCGUGGCUGAGGAAGUGAAGGAGAUACGGGACAUGGUGAAGGGAUUAACGAGACAGGUUACAGAGAUUGUGACCGCCACAGGGGUCACGGCCUACCGGGACAAACCUGGAGGGCCCUAUUCACUUCGCUGGGACCGUAGGAACAACGAUUCCUGGAGGAGUGUCGAGGAUAGAAAUCCUCGGACGUUGACUGAUUAUCGUACGAGGGGAAGAGAGAGAGACGAUGAAUCAUGGCGACGUAGGGACGAUGAGAUAGACSGAGACCGCAGAGAUCGCGAGCUGUUUGUGCGAGCAAGGAGGCUAGAUGAUUACCCUCGAAGCCCUCGCUAUGAGGCCGAUCGGGGUAGAGGCGAUUCCCGCGGCCGAUGGGAGACAGAACAGGGCGGACGAGAUGGAUACAGGGACGACAGAUACGAGAGGUCGGGUCGAGAUGGCUACAGAGGAAGUAGAUAUGAAAGAGGAGAUCGGGACUGGGUACGACAAGAUGGGUCGCGCGGACGGGUUGAGCGCGGGGGAGAUGCGAGAGAGCAGCGCGACGAGUCGAGGGGAUGGUACAACCGAGGGGACCUACGCGAUGAGACACGAGGACGAUAUGACUCGGGGGACCCCCGGAAUGAUUCGCGAGGGCGGUAUGAGCAAGGAGGGUCUGGAGGAGACCGGCGCAACGAUUCGCAUAUUUGCGCGGUACUCGAGCAGCUGGACGAUGCGAAUUCAACAGUCAGCGGAACUAAGAGCCGAUGGGUCGUCUCGACUAUUAAGAUCUUGGGUUUUAUCUGUGACUCGAGAGGACGCCGAGCGGAUCCGGCGAAGUUAGACAAACUUCUGAACUGGCCGUCACCGUUGCAUAGCCCUACCGAGGUCCGGCAGUUUCUAGGAGUGGUCGGUUACUGGCGUAUAUUCAUACGGGGGUAUGCGGAGAAGGCUGAGCGAUUGAGGUUACUCCUUCGAAAGACUGAAAAGUUCUACUGGGGCUCUUCACAGGAACUCGCUAUGCAAGAACUUAAAGACGAAUUUAAGGAAGGAGGACGCGUGUUGGGUGUGCCAUUGUUUGACGAUGAGACCAAGAGACCCUUCAUAGUAUCCACGGAUGCUGGACCAUGUUCAGUGGGUGGUUUGCUGUCUCAGAAGGACGCUAGGGGGAAGGAAAGACCGUUAAGAUUUGAGAGUAGGACACUUAAUACGGCUGAGCGUAACUACAGUCAAUUCAAGAAGGAAGUGUUAGUUGUUCUCCGGUGUCUAGACACGUUCAGACACUAUAUCUAUGGGCGAUGGUUCAUCUUGAGAGUGGACCCCACCGCGGUUGCCUCUGUCUUCCAGAAGGACUUUAGUCUGACGGCCCCGACCAUCGCCCGAUGGUUAAUACGGAUUCGGCUAUACGAUUACACGGUUGAAAGAGUAUCUGGUACUAAAAAUGCUGUGGCAGAUGGACUUUCACGCAUCCCUCUCGAGCGUCCGAUAGUAGCUGGGGCUCUGACAAUGGCAGAGCCGAGGCGCCCCGAGAGAUUUCUAGUUAAUCUUUACGAGGGCAAGUACCGAAUGAUCAGACUACACGUGACAGGAGAGGAGAGUCAAGAUUCAGAAAUCCGGAGGCAAGCAGCCCAGUAUUGCCUUAGAGCGGGCCACCUUUUCCGAAGGCCAGUAGGGUCAGGAAUGCCCUUACGAGUAGUCUGCGAUCCUGAGGAGAGACAGACGAUAGUUGCGGAACUUCACGACGGGGUCGUCGGAGGACACAGGGGAGUUAAGGGAACCUACGAAAAGAUACGCCGGCUGUACUGGUGGGAAGGACAGUAUAAGGACGUCGAGAGGUACUGUAUGACAUGCGAAGAGUGCCAGAAGAGAGCUCUUGUGAAAUACAAAGAGCCACUUCAUCCAUCCUAUCCGAACAGACCAGGAGAGAAGGUACACAUCGAUCUAGUGAAAAUGCCGAGAGGGKUAGGCAAUAUGAACUACGUCGUGAACAUACGAGACGAUUUCACUGGGUUCGUGGACGGUAGACCUAUCGGGAGAGAAAUUCCCCCCGAGCUGGGAGAGCUGAGGAAUCUGCAAGAACUGAGUAUCUUUAGAAACUCCCUAUCAGGAGGACUACCUUAUGAGUUGGGGAAUUUGCAGCAGCUGAGGCUUUUAAACGUUCAUACCAGUCRUCUGCGUGGUAACCUCCAUCCUGAGUUUGGGAAUCUCACAAAUCUCGCAGAGAUGUAAGUUGGACUAUCUGAAGCAUGGAAGCAUUGUCUUUUUGUCAAUGAUUAGAAGUGCAAGGAACAUGAAUAUGGACGAAGCACAGAAAUCCAGAUUGCAAAUUCACACUGAAGUCCAAGUAGUCAAAGCCAGAGCAGAUAGUACAAUGGAACCGAGUAACCAUCCAAUUGAGAACAAUACAGAAGAAUCGUGAGUCAAUGUCCAAGCCCAACAGGGCAACACCAACAGCAUAACCCAAUGUAGCUCUCUGUCUGAAUGGYGCCAGGCGCCCUACCUACUCUACAGACUAUGCCUACAACUACAGCAAUGAAAGCAACCAGACAAC